UGGUUUCACGCCCGGCCCUGACGCCCACGCUAGUUACACCGCUAACCGAAUACGACUACGUUCCCCAGCUCAAUCCGACCACUUGGCGUCCGGCCUUCACGUCAAGCUACAUCUACACAACUAUUUACAGCACGCAAUCACACCCUCUGCGACCUCGAUACCUCAGACUAGCUUCUGAGCAGAUAGCAUAAUCACAAUGGCCGACGAAGACAAAGAAAAGGCCGAGAAGAUCGCUGCGGCGAAGAAGAGGUACGAGCAAUUGAAGAAACAAAAAGCGAAGAAAGGCGGCAAGAAGAAGGACGACAAGACCUCCACCACUGCAACCGACGCCUCCGAAGCCGAAGCAUCUACCUCCACCGCGGACAAGGCCGAGGAGCAGGCGCCUGAGGAUACGAAAGCGGGCCCCGCACCCGUCGAAGCUGCAAGCCCAUCUGCAGGACCUGUGGAAGACGAUGAACCGAGCGAGCUUCCCAAGUCCACUCCCACACCCUCGCACGGACGCAAGCCCUCCGUCGCCGUGGAAUCAAGACUACGUUCAGAGUCAUUUUACAGAGGUGGUGAUACGGGGACACCGACAUCGCCGCCGCCGAUUACACCCGGGGGAGGGGUGUCGGGGGAUAUAUACCGGGAGCAGGCGCAUAGGAUCGAGGAGCUGGAGAAGGAGAAUAAGAGGUUAGCUUCGGAGGUUGAGGAAGCGGAGAAGAGGUGGCGGAAGGGAGAGGAGGAGUUGGAGGAGUUGAGGGAGGGGAGAGGUGAUUUGGCGCUGGCUGCUGAGAGGGGGAAGGAGGUUGAGCAGUUGAAAUCAGAGGUCGAGUCGCUGAAGCGCCAAUUAUCGCAUCUGCAGACGGAGUCCAAGAAGAAUUCGCGGAGGAUUUCCACAGCGUCGCCGAGCCAGUCGUCGUCCAUCGAUGAUCUCAACGCGCAAGUAGCCUCGAAGUCCGCGACCAUUGAAUCUCUAGAGCUCGAAAUCUCGAACCUGAACAAACAACUCGCGGAGCAGACGAAGAAGAACAAUGAUCUGCAAGCGCAAAUCACCACAUUGGAGUCGUCGUUGCAAAAAGCAGAGCAAGAAGCCGCCACCGCAAAAACCGAGCUCUCGGACCUCAAGCAAAACCUGGAAAAAGCAAGCGAAGCCGCCCAAAAAGAGGGUUCGGACCGCACGUCGGCGGAAACGCGCAUCGCGCAGUUGGAAGCCGAACUCGGUGCCGCGAACCGCAAAGCUUCGGAUGCGGCAUCGCGAGCGGAGUUGUUGGAGAAGAAAGUCGAGACGCUGACGCAGCUGCAUCGGGAUAAUGAUGCGAGGAACCAGGCACGCUUGCAGGAGCAUAAGAAGGUUGAGCGGGAAGCCGCGGAGCUGCGCACGCGCAUCACGGGUCUUAGCAAUGAGAAUGCGAGACUUCGGGAGGCGGAGCAGCGGCGGCGGAAGGCGGAUCUGGGGAACAUUGAGGAUUCUAGUGUACAAGAGUUGCUGGAUGAGGAGCGAGAUAAGUUGCUGGCUCAAGUCAGGGCGCUGGAGGAGGAGAACUUUGAGCUCAAGAGGGGCGUCUGGAGAGAGAGGAGGCGCGAUAUGCAGCCCUCGAUCGACGAUCAUGAUUCCGGGUUCCAGGACGUGGAUCUCUCGGGCUCGACGCCGACGCGGCCUGCGGGCAGGCAGGGCUCCACGCUGCAGGAUGUGAUCAAAUCGGGCAUUUCGGCGUUUACGGGCCAGGCGUUGCCGGUGAGGCGGAGCGAUGCCGUUUCUCCCUCCCAACACCCGCACGGUGCGGCGGCGAGGCCUAGACAACCGAGUCUAGCGAGCUUGGACGAGUUCGAGUUCGAUGAGGAUGCGUUUAGGGCGGCGCAAGAGGAGGAGCAGAGGAGGAGGAUUGAGAGGGUCAGGGAGGUGAAGAGGGGGUUGAAGAAUUGGGAAGGGUGGAGGGUGGAUCUUGUGGAUGUGAGGGCUGGGUUGGGGGGUGUUUUUGAGGUUUGAGUGGGAGAGAGAGAGGGAGGCCGGGGAGAGGAGUGGGGUUCGAAGUAGAGAUGACGCGGUGGAUGGAUGCAAUGGGAGGCAUGGGGUUGAUCAUGAGCCGUGUUACGUAGGACGAUGAACAUGGUUUUGCUUGAUGUGAAUUUUAGGCUCGCAGAAUUUCAAACUCUAGAGGUGCAGAGCAUGCUAGCUAUUGGCGCAAAACAUGACGCACAUGACGAGCC